CACACACACACACGGACUCGAGUCAUCUCUAAAGCGCACAGAUUCUCGUUCAGUCGCUUCGUGUAUUUACAGCCAGCACCGCGUAAACGACAAGUAGACAGAAUGGGCACGAACGGCUUUUGUCGAAUCACAGCCGUGUGGAGAUAAGAGGGCGGAAACGCGAGUAAAACAGACCGAGGAGAAAGAAAAACAGACGAGGAGCGCGAGAAGGCCGAACCCGUUGAGGCAGCUGCAGUUUCUCGCGCGACGCUCAAGUGGAUUUGGGGCUCAAACCGACAAGGACGAAAACACGGCCAUAGCAAACCGUACAUGUGGAUUAUUUCUUCAUUUCUUUCUCUUCAGAAACUACAUAAACGUCCGGUAGCGACAGACCAUCACCUUCCGCGGAGAGGUCGGUGACUACCAGGAUCCAGUGCCCCAUGAUGCACAGUGCUUGUGACAAGACCACACCCACCUUUAGCGUGUAGAGGAAGUUGCACCGUCAGCAUGUCCUCACACUCUCAGCCAGUGCCUCAGGGUCGGAGGGCUGUGGACGCUCGUCACCUUUCCAGUGCCGCCAACCUGCCUCUGCAGCUGAGAGCCCAUACGGAUGUUGGUGGAUUGGUGGACUACCAUCCUCAUGCUCGGGACUAUGGUCUGCCCCAUGGAUCUCUGGUCCAGCCUCACCGCCGCAGACCAUCCCUUCUGUCUGAAUUUCAGCCAGGCAAUGAAAGAGAGCCCCACAUCCGAUAUGAACACAUAUACCUGCCGGAUCCCAGCAGCCAAUCAGAAGUGGAUUACUCCGAGAUGAAGCGUCCUCGCUUGGAGAUUGGGACGGAUUCUCUUAUUCGCCACUCAACUCAUCGUCAGGCCCUCAAUGUGGGCGGAGCUGAGGAAAUGGCAAAGGAGCACAGCAGCAGCAGUUCUAUCGGAAAGAUUGAGCCCAUCUCUCCUGUGAGCCCGGUGCCCAUGGAGGCCGACCUGGACCUGGUGCCCUCCCGCCUCUCCAAAGAGGAACUAAUCCAGAACAUGGACCGCGUGGACCGGGAAAUCACCAUGGUGGAGCAGCAGAUCAGCAAACUGAGGAAAAAACAGCAACAGCUGGAGGAAGAGGCUGCGAAACCUCAGGAGCCCGAGCGCACCAUCUCUCCUCCACCCAGUGAAGCCAAGCACCGCAGCCUUGUCCAGAUCAUCUAUGAUGAAAACAGGAAAAAGGCAGAGGAAGCUCACCGGAUCCUGGAGGGACUCGGACCCCGAGUAGAGCUGCCUUUGUACAACCAGCCGUCUGAUACCAAGCAGUACCAUGAGAACAUCAAAAUAAAUCAGGCAAUGAGGAAGAAGCUCAUUCUCUAUUUCAAAAGAAGAAAUCAUGCUCGCAAACAGUGGGAACAGAAAUUCUGCCAGCGCUAUGACCAGCUAAUGGAGGCCUGGGAGAAGAAAGUUGAGCGAAUCGAGAAUAACCCACGGCGCAGAGCCAAAGAGAGUAAAGUGCGCGAGUACUACGAAAAGCAGUUUCCUGAGAUCCGCAAACAGAGGGAGCUGCAGGAGCGCAUGCAGAAUAGAGUGGCUCAGCGUGGUGGGGGUCUGGCCUCGGCAGCCCGCAGUGAACAUGAGGUUUCUGAGAUCAUCGAUGGCAUCUCAGAGCAGGAGAACUCGGAGAAACAGAUGCGUCAGUUAGCUGUGAUUCCUCCCAUGCUGUUUGAUGCCGAACAGCAGAGGAUAAAGUUCAUCAACAUGAAUGGGCUGAUGGAUGAUCCAAUGAAGGUCUACAAAGACAGACAGGUCAUGAACAUGUGGAGCGAACAGGAGAAGGACACCUUCCGUGAGAAGUUUAUCCAGCACCCAAAAAACUUUGCCCUGAUAGCCUCUUUUCUGGAGAGAAAGACGGUGGCUGAGUGUGUCCUCUUCUACUACCUGACUAAGAAGAAUGAAAACUACAAGAACAUCGUUCGCAGGAGCUACCGUCGUAGAGGCAGGAGCCAGAAUAACCAGCAGGCACAGCAACAGGUGAACCGGAACAACCAGGAGGAGAAAGACGACAAGGAGAAAGAAAAAGAGGGAGAACGUGAGGAGGACAAAGCGGAGGGAGAGGACAAAGAGGAUGGCAUAAAAGAUGACACCUCUGGUGAGGAUGGGGAGGAGAAAGAGCCUCCUGUAACCGUUAAAGGCCGUCGCACAGCGAACAGCCGUGGACACCGGAAAGGACGAGUCACUCGCUCCAUGACCAACGAACAGGAAGAGAACACUUCACCUCUCGGCAGCGAGCUGGCAAACCUGGAGAUGAAUGAGAGUUCUCGCUGGACAGAAGAGGAGAUGGAGACGGCAAAGAAAGGUCUGCUGCAGUAUGGCCGAAACUGGUCAGCUAUUGCCAAGAUGGUGGGCUCCAAAACAGUUUCCCAGUGCAAGAACUUCUACUUUAACUACAAGAAGAGACAGAAACUGGAUGAGAUUCUGCAACAGCAUAAAAUAAAAUCGGAGAAAGAGCGUAAAGCCAGACGUAAAGGGAAAGCUCCUCAAAACGAAGAGGCCAGCGCUCCAUCUGCUGCAGAGGAAGAGGAGAUGGAAGGAUCGGGAGUCAGUGGUAAUGAAGAGGAGGCUCAGGAGGAUGGAGAAGGUGGAGCCAAUAACAGCUCAGACACAGAGAGCCUCCCUUCCCCACGCUCCUCAGAUGACAGCAAGGUCAAAGAAGAGGGCUCUGCCCGGCCCAAAACUGCACCCAACGCCACUUCCUCCUCUUCCUCUACGGACAAGGACAUGGCAGCUGCAGAGACUGGGAUGGACGAGAAGCCAAAAGUGGAGAAGGGAGAAGGGGAGCAGGCAGGAGUGAAGCAGGAGGUGAAGACCGAGCCAGGAGAAGGCGCUUCAGAGUCGGCCGGGGAGGAUAAGAAGCCUCCUGCCCUGGAGGUGGAGGAGGGCAAGAAAGAGGUCAAGAAGAAAGAGCACGGGGGAAAGAGUGGAGCACACGACAGCGACUCCAGCGCCACAUGCAGCGCCGAUGAGGUGGAGGAGACGGAGAGCUCAGAGAAGAGCAGGCCGAGCUUGUUGAAUUUCAGCCACGAUGGAGUAAUCUCUUCUCAAGCUCAGAAACCACUGGACCUCAAACAGCUCAAGCAGAGAGCGGCCGCCAUACCUCCCAUAUUGCCAGAAGUGUCAGGACGUGAUAGCCGGCCUGGUUUGCCAGGGAAGCAGGCUAUGCCGGACGCUCUUGCAUUGUACCAGCAGCAGAUUACCAUGGCACAUGAGUCCUCUCAGGAGGCCAAACAGCAGCAACAACAGCCAACCAAAUCACAGCAUUACCCUACGGCAGGGGACUCCAGCAGCCCUCGGGUCAGGACUCGCAGCCCUGGUAUCUCUGACAGAGAGAGAGAAGAGCUGGAGGGGAACGAGAGAUGGCUUCAGGCUCUGCUACAUGGAUUACAUAAAUCCCGGGCGUUCUCUCCUCUUGCAGAUGGCAAGAAGAAUCCCGGGGCUGAUGACAUUCGGGCUUUAGGUCUAGGCCGGCCAGUGAUGUCAUCGUACCUCUCACCCAGAGACAUGGCCAAAUUCAGCCAAGAACAGCUGCUACACUACAAUCCCUCGUUAGCUUCCACUUUACAGCCACAGGACAGAAUGGCUGCAGUGCGGCCUCUCCAUAUUCCAGAACCCCCUCCUCUCAUCUCCUCUGCCAAACCUGGUGGCUCCAUCACACAGGGUACUCCAGUGCAACUGCACAACCCAUCCCAUGGCUCUGAGCAUGGGAAAGUCCCAGCUCCAGGAUCACUGGCUCUCUCCUGGGUGGACCAGAGGAAAAUGGGCGGGUUUCCAGUUGUUAAACAAGAGCAAUUGUCUCCUCGUGGGGCCUCUUCCUCCUCCUCUCAGGCUGAGAAUCUUUCCACACAGGACAGUUCUACGUCACGGGGCCCCAUGCCAGCUGUUCAGGGUGGAAGCAUCACAAAGGGCAUCCCUGGCACACGUGUGCACCAGGAUUCUCCCAUAUCAUAUCGAGGUGGCUCUAUCACUCAGGGCACUCCUGCAGAUGUCUUGUAUAAGGGCACAAUAACCCGUCUUAUCAAUGAGGACAGUCCCAGCAGAGAGAGAAGCAGAGAAGACACUCCUUCUAAGGGGCAUGUAGUCUAUGAGGGCAUCAGCGGACACAUCCUUUCCUUUGAACGGCGUCCAAAUUCUAAAGAAGAGGGUUGUGGGGAUGUGGGGGCUGGCAUGAAGAGGUCCUAUGAUAUGAUGGAGGUUGGCAUAUCAUCUCGUGUGCCACCCAUCAGGGACCCCCUAUCUGAAGGCCUGAUCAUUCGAGCAAUGCCUCCAGAUCGAGAUAGUCCUCAUCCACAACUCAUCCGUGGAUCCAUAUCACAAGGAAUCCCACGGGAUGAUUGUCAGCGUCGGGAGGUUAAGCAGAUGAAAAGAGAGGGUUCCCCAUCACCCCGUGGACCUGGUCAUUCUGCUGAUGCUCUUAAAUCACGCUCACAUGAGAGUAUGGUACCCACAGUCAAAGAGGGAGGACGCUCCAUCCAUCUGAUUCCACCUGAGGGGGUCGUAAUUGGCAAGCCCAAAGAGGGUUCAAUCACACAGGGUACACCUCUGAAGCAAGAGCCCCCUGGCUCAUCCAAGCGGCAUGAUGUGCGCUCCAUCAUUGCCAGCUCUCCACGGCCCUAUUCCGGACUGCCCUCUCAUUUAGAUCCUAGGGGUUCCGACAGGGCUCGUUAUGAAGAGGCAGGGAGCAAAUCUCGACCCAGUGCUGUAGUCAGUGCCCCCAGCUCUCUGUCCCGUGUCUCUCCAUUGGCGCUGAGUGGAGAGCAGAGCAGCAGACCUCACCACAGUCCAGUGGGGUAUGAAGAUCAUAAAAGAUCCACCUACCCUCCGCCCUCACACAGAGCCUCUCCACUGUCUGGCAGAGAAAGCUCACAGCGUGCUCAUGAAGGCUCUAGUAAACCCCAACAGCAGGAGAGAAAGGCCACCCCCACCCCGAGAGAGAUGGGCUCAACUAAGUCUCCAUUGGCAGUGGGUGAGCACACUGCAAAUUUAGCCUUCGAGAGGAUCCUUGGGUUGGCACCGGACAUGUACCGUAGUCAGAUGUCCCAUUUAACAUUUGAUGCUGCAGCUCUGCCCAGGGGCAUCCCGAUUGACUCAGCGUAUUACCUGCCUCGUCACCUGGCUCCUGGCCCUGGCUACCCUCACCCCUAUCCACCCUACCUGAUCAGAGGCUGUUUCCCUGAAACAGCAGCCCUGGAAAACAGACAAACGCUUUUCAAUGACUACAUUACCUCACAGCAGAUGCACCAGUGGCCUGCUGCCGCUGCAAUGGCUGCCCAGAGACCUGACCUGCUCAGAGGCCUCACACCUAGAGAGCAGUCCUUAAACUUAGCCUAUUCACCCACGCCUAGAGGAACAUCUGCAUCUCCCAUGGAUCGUAUCACAUAUAUCCCAGGAACUUCUCCAGGUUUCCCUAGUGGAGCCUACAACACCUCUCCUAUCUCACCAGUAGGAGCCUCUCACAUGAGCAAGAUCCAAGGUGGUUCAUCGUCUGCAGAAAGAGAAAGAGAACGGGAGAGAGAGAGAGAAAGAGAGCAGAGAGAGCGAGAAAGAGAAAGAGAGCGAGAGAGGGACAGGGAGCGAGAUCGAGACCGGGAGCGUGAGAAAGAUCGAGACAGGGACAGAGAAAGGGACAAGUCCCUCAGCCAUGGUAACGUGGAGCACGCACCUAUAUGGAGACCAGGAGCACCAGAGCAGAUGAGCGGCAGCAGUUCUCGCCCCCCUUCUCAUCCAUACAGUCACCAGUCCCCGCUCUCCCCCCGUCCCCAGGACAGCUUGCAGCAGAGACCAAGUGUCCUGCACAACACCAGCUCCAAGAGCCUGUCAAACUCUGAGCACAACAGUCCUUCUGUGCUGAGACCACCAGGCUCUGCUCGUUACCAGGGCUUCAGUGGGCACCUCCAGAGGCCUGGUUUACCCGGUGAGGGUUACCCGUCUGGAACGGAUCCAAGUGCUAAAGACUUGAGCAGAGAUGGGGGCAAAAGCCAUGGGCGAGGAGGUCUGCCCAAACACCAAGACCUUUCAUCCUCUUCUAAAUCUGACCCCAAGCUUGCCAGCCCUGGUGCCGGUGGGACAUAUCCCUCUCCAUACAACCAGGCCCCUGUUGCCCACUUGCCCACGAGUCGAGGGCACUCCUUGUUGGCCCCCGAAAGCGGCGGCGGCGGCAGUUCCAUCCCAUCCCGUGGCGGGGACAGCGGCAGCAGCGCGUCAAGUAGGGAAAAGACUCAAAACAAAGUGAUGUCCAUACAGGAACACGAACUUCGAGCACUCGCUGUGUCUGCAGCUCAACAGAAGGCAUUUGAACAGCUGUACGGGUCUGAAGACAGACUUUCUCCAGGUCAGCAGUCGUCAUCUGGUGUCAAAGGCUCUCAGAGAGUGGUGACCCUCGCCCAGCACAUCAGUGAGGUGAUCACUAAAGAUUACACACGCCAGUCACAGCAAAACCAGAUAGGUGGUCAACAAUCUCUCCCGCCUGUGUAUGGGUAUCACAGCUCUCCUGUGCUGGAUCUCACCCGUCCACCCAGCACCCCUCAAGCCCAAACCCCCACAGAGCCCAAUGCCCGCUACACCCCAGAGGGCACUUCUGCAGAGAGGGGCAGAGACAGGUCUCCUCCUCAGAAUAAAACCUCUCCAGUGAGUCUGGCUGCUGAUGGGAUUGAACCAGUUUCACCACCAGGGGCCAUUUCAGAGCCUGAGAUGCCAGGAGCCAACUACCCCAAUGAACAAGCUGAGCAGGGUAUGGGAUCUCGUUCUCCGGCUAGUAGCUCUCAGCCCCCAGCCUUCUUCAGUAAACUGACUGAGAGCAACUCCGCCAUUGUCAAGAGCAAGAAGGAAAUGAUUAAAAAGAUCAGCGCAGAGGCUGAAUUCAACCAGGGCCAACCUGGCACAGAAAUCUUCAACAUGCCAGUCUCUACAAAUGCAGGACCCGUGAGUGUGCGCAGCCACCCGCCACCAGAGGCCAGUGGUAAUACUAUCGGCCUGGAGGCCAUCAUCAGGAAAGCCCUCAUGGGCAAGUAUGAUGAACAGAUGGACGAACGCUCGCCGUCCAACUCUGUCAACUCGAUGGCUGUCGGAGUGGCAGCUGCAGUCGUGCCACCAGCUUCAGCAGAUGGGCGUUCAGACGACCCCUACUCCCUGCCAGGUAAAUCCAAAGGAGGACGCUCCAACGGUCGCAAGACUAAGUCUCCUGGUCCUGGCCUGUCUGGAGGCGAGAGACCUUCAUCUGUGUCCUCUGUCCACUCAGAGGGAGACUGUAACCGUCACACACCACUCACCAACAGAGUGUGGGAGGACAGGCCCUCGUCUACAGGCCCCACUCCAUUCCCCUGUAACCCCCUGACCAUGGGGAUGCGUCUCCCCAGCGGGAUCAUGCCGGGACCCUCACCUUCCCCAACACAUCCAGGCGCUUCUGCACCCCCACAAGGCCAGACUCAACCCCGCACCUGGGAGGAGGAACCCAAACCUCUGCUUUGCUCUCAAUACGAGACCCUGUCAGACAGCGAGUGAACACACACACACACACCGAGAACGUUUGCUGCUUUCUGAACAGAAAUUUGUUACUGUAAACAGGGGUGUUUGUGAACACACUCACUCAUAUCCAUACUGACACACACGCACUCACUCUUACGGGAACAUACGUCCAUCCGCGCUCAUGCCCUCUGAUACCUCCACACAUAUUCAUUCAUACACACAUCCCAUAAUGCUCUCCAAGCGUGCACACUCACACUGUCAGUGAAAGUGCAUUACAUGGCUGCAGUGUGUGUGUGUAGAUGUGUUUGUGAACGUGCACACUUGCAUUAGUGUGUGCAGUCACUCCAGGACUACUUGUAGGAAGAAUCACUUUUGAAUUUUUAUAUAUAUAUGCAUAUAUACAUACAAUUCUAUAUAUACUUCUAUUGGUGUCGUCUUGCUGGCCUUAUCAGAGUUGACUCAUGGACUCAUCUGUCUGUUGACACAUUUUGGAGCAUUCCUCUGCUCAGGACACACACUCUCUUUCUUAUACUGUAAAUCCACUGCAAACUCUUUAUUUUGUGUGUGUGGCAUAAUGCAAAGGCUGGUUGAAUCCUCUGCAGAAACAAGCGUCUACAAACACACACGCACGCACAUUCUCUUAGUUGUGCAGUCGCAGCCCUUCAUAUUGGUUUCAUGUGUUGCCAAGUUGACGCAGUUGGGCUAUCUGAUUGUGUGUGUGUGAUGAUAGGAGACAUUCAGAGAGCCAGGUUACAUCUGAACCUGUAACAUUCUAUCCUUACCUUACUAUUUCAGAGCGUUUACAUGGGUGGCCAUAUCAUUGGUUUACAGGGUACACAUAAUGUUCAUCGUUGACGUCAAACCUCUCUGUUUUUUAAUACUCUAGCUGACCAAUUAAUUCCGUCAUCUCUUUGUGAUAGUUGAAGGGAGAUGUUCUGUUUGGCUUGUUUUUAUUUUUGUAUGUACAUGAAGCUUGUUUGCAUGUUUUUGUAAUGAGUUAAGCACUUAGUCAGCAAGCGGUUCCUGUUGGUGUCUUUCAAAUGGACGCUGACCCGAAUGCAACCUUUUACACAACAUUCAUUUGUUUUUUUUCUACAGUAUUUUGUUGAAUCGUUUCAUCAACUGUUCCACUCCCUAGUGACAAUCACUGGCAGAGAGCUGAGCGAGUGGACACGUCUUUAGAGGAAAGCUGCUCGAUCAGGUCUGAAUGUCCAAACAAACCUGAUGCUUUUUACUUGUUUUUAUUCAUGUCAUCUGUUUGUUCAAGAGUUAAAGCCGUGCUGUUUGGCCAGUCUUUUGACAUGACACCCAUUGAGAGCUACUGCUUUGUGCUUGAACGAAGGCUUCGGGUGUUUUUAGUUAUCCCCCCUCCCCCUCUGUGGACUCAUCUGAGAAGAUGAUGCUGAUAUAUCCUGCGUAUAGAAGAGGUGAGCAGACACCACACUUCAUAUAACCUGUAGUCCUUCACUCUGUACAGUUUUAAAAGAUAAUUCUAGUGUUAAGUGCCAUGUAUUUGACAUAUACAUUUCUGAAGUUAACUACCAAGUGAUUACGCACAACCGUUUGUUUUUUAAGAUGAUUUUUCUCCUUGUUAUGCCAGGGUUGUACAAUUGAUCACAGGCACAAAUGAAAGCAGUGAAGGAGACUCUUUCGAUCUCCUCUCCAAACGUAGCGUUAUGAGUUUUCCGCAUGCGAAUUCAAUUUAAGGAUAUGUUUUAAUUUGUAUUGGUUGACUUUUAUUUGUUACAAGGUUUUACUACAAAACGGAUCUUUCAACCUACCAGUUCAAACCGCAAUACUCAUUGUUAGCUCCGGAUUUUAGGAAUAUUUUUGGAACCUAAUUGAAAAGAAAGCUCAGCGGUGGGUUUUGUUGUUUUGGUGGUCCAGGACAGUUUUAGUGCACUACCUAGUGUUUUUUCUUUUAGUAAAAUGGGGCUUUAUCUUCCGUCAUGAACAUCCCAGAAUGCUCUGCGCUUAUUUCGAGACUCAUUCUCUGACAUAUCACUCCAGACAGUAUUGUUUAGUGGACAAGUCACUCUAAAGUUCAGUGUUUUCUUGUAUAGUGAGCCCUUUUCUCCUCUAUCUCAACUGUUUGACCUUAUUACUGAGGACAGUAUUGCACUUUCCUUAGAUGAGGCGGCGUCUUCUAAACACAAGCGAAGCUGAGAGAUUAAAACUAACUAAGAGACAGAAAAAAAGGCAGAAAACAGUCGCCCCUCUUAAGAUUGGAAAAGUUAAGUGGGUAUUUUUGGUGGUGUCUGUUUUUGUACAACCAUUUUGUGCAUAUUACUUUUUUUUUGGUUUUGUAUUAAGACCCACUGUAUUAUAGCAAGGAGUGUAAAUAGACCUAAAAGGAUGUACAUAUUUAUGUGAUUUGCUGCAAGAUUGAUAUUCACACUGUUGUAUUUCAACAUGGCCACCAGCAAGCUUUGUGGAUAGCAGUGUAAAAAUUAAAUGAAAAAAAAAAGACACUGCCUUAAUGUUUAAAUAAAAAGCUUAUUGCCAUUGA